UGGUCUACAUAACGGCCGUUGCGUUCACCGUAAUAAUCAUGUCCGUACUGGUGAUCAACAAUCUAGAUAUUAAUUUCAUACACAGAUACUAUUCACAGGCCGUAUUGAACUUCCAGUUGGCCGUCGACAACAGACCUGAGUCAACAACAGUGACCAUCGACUACCAGUUCAUUGUCGACCACAACUCCGAGACAUCUAAAGCCAAACACAUUGGCAGCCAAUGGCCGCCAGACCUUAAGGCCAAAGUGUCGGCUAAAAUGCUGGAAAGGCUAUGGUUUUUGCCGAACGGCACCGGGAGGUUGACGGCUCCCGAGGCCGCCCGACUGGCCCUCUGGCCCGAAGAGAGUCCGACCCCCGGCUACGAUCGCAUUGUCAAUCAGUUACUAUACGUGCCGUUGACUUAUAACCGGAGUCAGACCAACGAUCGCCAUAAGACCAUAUACUUGCACAUUAUGGACAACGAGUGGCCCCUGGCGUUGGGUCGCAAGGAGUUUCUCCGCUGUCCGGUCAGCACAUGUCAAUUGGUGCCCAGAAGUCACGCCCCAAAAGCCGAUUUGAUUUUCUUUAAGAGUCGGUACGGGUUUGCGGACUUCGCUGAGAAUCGUAAGCCCAGCCAAAUAUGGGCCAAAUUUGAAUUGGAAAGUCCGGGAAAUAUACAGCUUCUGGGGCCCGACAAUCAGAUCAAUUGGACGGUGACCUACCGGCACGACUCGGAAGUGGCCACACCUUAUUACAAGUACUUUGAGUACCCGGCUCACGAGCGAGCGGCAACUAAUACGGCCAUGGUCAAUUACGCGCUCAACAAAACCAAAAAGGUGAUCUGGUUUGUGUCCAACUGUUACGCCAAUAACAAGCGACUCGAAUACGCCAAAGAGUUGGCCAAACAUAUC